AUGGGCGUGCUGGCCACCCAACUCCUGCUCCUCGCAGCAUCCAUCUCACAAGCCCAAGUCGUAAAAGAACUCAACCACUUCCCUCAAUCACCACUCCAGCCCGUCCUCUUCAACCAUGCCGCACCCACAAUCUCCUCAGACCACGUCCUCGGAAACACCACCGACACCGACACCGACUUCCACGUCUUCUCAUCCAAAUCCUUCGCCCGCGGCAGAGGCAUCUCCAUCAUCACCACGCACGAUCAAAUGGCUCACUUCAACAAGCUGGAGCCGCUGGCCGCCGACGUCAACGACAUGUCCUCCCCGCCGUUCACGGAGCACGAAAUCCCAGGCAAAGGCCGCGGCCUGGUUGCCAGCAAGUUCAUACACCGCGGGGACAGGAUAUUCGCAGAGACGCCCAUCCUAAUCAUAAGUUCCGAGCUGUACGAAAAGCACGAAGACGACCCGCACGUGAUUCCUGCGAAGCUGCGGCUGGCGGUUGAGAAGCUUCCCCCGGCGGCGCAGGGCAAGUUUUGGGACUUACACGGGCAGACGGUGCACAAUGCGUAUAGUGGGAGGAUAGAUCCUAAUGCGUUUGAUAUAACCAUCCAAGACCAACAAUACUGUGCUGUUACUCCGGAUACGGCACGCAUCAACCACGAUUGUCGCCCCAACGCCGGCUACUAUUUCGACCAGCACACCCUCACACACUACGUCCACGCCCUCACGGAUAUUACGCCCGGGACAGAAAUCUCAAUCACGUACAUCAGCGCGGAAAUGCCGCGGCACCGCCGCAAGAACAGGCUCCUCAGCACAUGGGGCUUCAACUGCACCUGCAGCUCGUGCUCCCUGUCCAAGCACGCGUCAAGGGUAUCAGACGAGCGGCUGGCGCAGAUAUUCAAAUUCCAAGAAAUGUUUGAGGGCGAGGGGUGGACGACGCAGUCGUCGGGGACGGUGGAGGCGUUCCUCAGCCUGAUUGACCAGGAGAAGAUGUACAAUCCGCAUGGGGCUGCGCUUGAGGCGGCGGCGCUGGUGUACUGCGCUGAGGGCAGGUACUGGGACACGAUUAAGUAUGCGUAUCUGGCGGAGGAGAUGCUGAUGCUGGAGGGGGAAGAUGCGAGGGUCGAGGUGAUGAGGCUGUUGACGGCGGAUCCGACGGUGCAGAAGUGUUGGAGGAUGAGGGCUGCGAUGAAGUCUGGGAAGGUGGUUUGGGAUCAGAUUGAUUAG